UACCCAGUGACUGAAGCUUGAACACACACUGCUGCUUUCUUGAUGAAUGGUCAGCGACAGCAACUUUGCUGGGGUUUUUCAUUUUCACGGCAGUUUCUGCAGUUUCCAAUCACUCUGGACGCUGACAUGGGAAUAAACUGCAGUGCUUCUCCAGAGACCAUAGACUGUCUGUACGACACUGCCAGCCAUGCAGGCCUGGUUCCUGAAGCCUCCCUGGAUCCAUCACUGACCACCAUGCUUUCCCUGAACUCCUCUUGGGCUCUGGAGCAGCAGUACUCCACUCUGCAGAGCGGUAUGACCCGGCAGCAGAGACUUGCCUUCAACCGUGACCUCCACACCCUCUUCGGAGGAAACACCACGGUGAGUUAUGGGGGUGUGGGUGUUGUUGCACUUGCCCUCUCAGUCCUGUUUGAGAUGCUAGCCCAUCACCAGACCACAAAGUCGGGCCCCCCACCUCCAGAUCCGAUACGCAGAAUGUUCGGGGCUGAUGCGGGGUCGGACAUCAGCUCCAUUGCCAGCGAGUUUCUCAAACAGAUUCCUGGUGCAGCCAAUGACCAGCACAGGAUGACAGCACUGCUGGAGAGCUACGAGGGAAAGCUGCGAUCCGAGCUGAAGGAUUUCUAUGAAAGGAUGAUGUCACCGGAGAAGAGCCCUCUCAGCUCUGCCGGGGUGAAGCAAUGGAUGAAUGGAGCUGCUCUCCACGUCCACACCUUCCUCCACUGGAAGCGUCUGACCAACUCAUCAGCUGGAGAAGUCUUAAGUCUGGGCUACCUGCAUCGUGUUGACCCUCUGCUCAAGACCUACAGAGAGUAUCUGCUCAAAGUGGUUAAAGUGUUUCCGGCCUUGAGUCCCGCACCCAGCGGGCUGCUGAUAGUGGAGCCUCUGCGAAACGUGACCCACAGCGUUCACCUUAGAGUCUGCGAACAUAGGACUGUCCAGCGGACCCUGGUGGAGCGCUUCCUGUCAGACCAGAACCUGCAGAGGGGAAAGGAGUUCUUCCAGACCUCCCACAAGCACCAUGAUGCUCUGAUAGCACAGCUAGGACACUUUCAGCUGAGCAUGGUUCCAAAACAAUUCAGACUGACUGGCUAUUAUUGAUGAUCUGGGGCCUCAUUACAGAAUGUUUUCCUAACUUCUUGUCCUAUCUUAACUUAAGUUUCAAAGAUUGGAAAAAUCCUAUCUUCCUAUUACAGAAGCAAUUCCUAAACUCAUGACUGUGUCCUAUCAUAUCUCAGACCUCGUUUCUUAUCUUAAUCUGGAUCCUUGACAACUCACUUCACUUAUCCCGGGCUAAAUAGCAAGCAUUAAUCAUGUGGUGGAGGAGAGGAAACUCCCAAGUUCUCUUCCCAAUUAUCAUCCCAGGGUAAAGAUUUGAUUUCUUGCAUUAGGACAGUUCUAUAAAAGUUAAAUUCCCAUCCUAAGAUGGGAGUUUUUCCUAAAUGCAGUUAGGAAACACGUUUCUGUAAUAUCAAAAAUCCAAAAUGUCAUCCUUUUCUGUACCAAGUUUCAGAGGCCCCUGGCCCCAGAUGUUUAGAGUGAAUCAUAACUGGUUACUUAUAGAUAAACUUACUGAUUACAUCACUGCUCACCCAUGCCAAAAAUCCAAAUAAUGGAUAGUUGCCUCACACAGCAUUUCACUGCACAACAAGAAGUUGUUUUAUUUAGUACAAGAAUGCUGAUGUUCAGUUGACUUGCCUGUAAGUUUAUGUCCAUCACAGCCAUAUUUCAAAAGAGCCUGCAUCUAUCUAGUUAACCAUUAGUCACAGAAGGCUGCAAACUCCAAUUUGUGCCUUCCAUGUAAUUAAAAUGGAGUCACAAUUUUUCCCCCUCAACAAUAAUUUUGUGCAGUUAACAGCAAUUGUCCUGGCAUAGCUAAGCAGCCGUAGGCAUGCAGGCCUGUCAAGCUUUGGAUUUCUUUACUUGUCAAAGUGUGUAUGCAGGGGGCUGUAAUAAAGGUGGUACUAUACAUGCAAAGAGAUUGGAUUGUGGGUUUUUUAAAUUAAAAACUGUUAUGGCAGAAAA